AUGGCUUCAGUAAGAAAAGCCGGCCGCUCUCUGCAUGACCUGUUUGGUGACUUCAGGGACAUCUCCUUAGAAGACUCAAAAAUGGAAGCACUCAGAAACUUACAAGCCAGCAGGGGUCUCAGCAAAAUAACAGCCAACCAGAGCAGGUUCCUGAAAAGAAACCAAACAGUGGAUGACAGAUGCCUCUUUCCAAAGCAGAGCUCCGUCCUGAGGGGGGCACUGAGACCCUCCCCAGGCCAGCCCCUGACCACCACCUCCCAGACCCGGGCGAGUGCCGCCCUCCUGAAGCUGGCCCAGAUAGAGACCAAGAUCAGGAACCGCAAGGCACAGAGGGGCUUGUCCGACAUAGAGUCUGACCCCAAGACCCCUGACGCCAGCGAUUUGGGCCCCACCGGGAGGAUAGCUGAGGUUUCUUCACACGACACAGACAGAACUUGGCAGAAAUAUACCCACGAAGCCCCCGCUACUGAGGGCCAGGCACAGAGUGGGCAGGGCAGCAGGUUCCUCAAGCAGAAACAGCCCCCCGCUGCACAGGCAUCCCUGGAAGCCCGACUGGGGAAAGAACAGGAUUUUCCAACACCCACGCCAAAAGAACCUGCUAGAAGGUUUGACUCUCCAGACAGUGAUGAAGAGGAAAUGAAAGAGUUACUGGGAAGCUUGAUGGAGUCUUCUAGAGAGAAAGAAACACCAACAGAUCGGGGACUCACUCGCAAUAGAGGCAGUGAGAAAAAACAAACAGAGCCCCUCCUGUCAAAGUCGGGUCAGCUCCCAGCUCGGCCUCGAGCUCUGCCUUUGCCCAGUGAGGACCUUCCCAGCCCCGAGCCAUCCCUGAAGCCGCAUCCACCCGCCACAAGGCCAACCAGCAGGACCCCCCCUCGCAUUCGCUCCAGGACAUCCUCCCCACAGACCCCUGGUUCCACUGGCCCAGUGUCUCGCACGUCAGCGCUCUCCUUCCCUGGCAGCUGGUCCGGGUCCGGGCAUCUGAAGAUGGUCUUAUCCUCCCCUGGAAGCAGUGAGGCUGAGCCCUCUGAAGCAUCGCUGUCUGAGGCCAAUGAUGACAGCCUGGACGAUUUCAAAAUCAAUGUUCUGUCCCUCGAUGACCUGGCUCCAGCCAUCAGCGAGAAGUCAGACCUGGAAAAGGAAGGACCAAGUGUCCAGCAGGAAAAGCUGUUGAGCCCUGGCUCCCAGGGAGAAGAGCUUGCUGGGCAGGGUUCCCCCAGACGCACUCUGGUCUGGAGCAUGGUGGCCUCAGAUGAGACGGGGCCCUUUCCCUCUGAGAGCGAGGUUUCUGAGUGUCUGAAUGCAUCCAGCCGGCCGUCGCUGUCCUGGGCACCCUCUGUGAGCACGGGGGCCUUGGCUGGCCAGGAGGGCCUUGCCACCACCAGUUGGGCCUACUCGGACGACUUCGAGCCAUCCCUGGGCCCCACCACCUGCGUGUCCACAGGCAGCUCCCAGACAUCACUCAGCAGGACAUCAGAGACCCUAUCGGAACCUUCUUUGAGUCGGGAGAGAGACCACCCGCUACGAACCCCCACAACCAGCAGAAAGUGGGUCCAGGAUGUGACAAGAGUGAUUGUGAAGGAGAUUGCUGUGCAGACCCCUGAUCCUGCGUUCACCUACCAGUGGGUCGAGGCAGCUGGUGUAGCAACCAUGACCCCUGCCCUGGGAGGCACCUAUGUGGACCCCACACCCAUCGCCAGCCAUGUGGUCAGCGCAGAUGCCAUCGAAGCCCUCACAGCCCACAGCCCGGCCGUAUUUGCACUCAACGACCUGCUGAGGCAGCAGCUGGCCCUGACGCAGCAGUUCCUGGAGGUGAACCGGCACUUGCACACCUCCAUUCUGGCAUCGCUGGACCAGGACACGUUCCACUAUCACAGCCUGGAGGAAGCCAAAGAGUACAUUCGGUGUCAUAAGCCAGCCCCACUGACCCUUGAGGCCGCCCUGGAGGAGGUGCAGAACGAGUCCUGA